AACAACAAUGGACAUGAAAUAAUGUCACAUGUGAUACUUAACCUUACUUGAUACUUAAUAUCAUAUAGAUUUUUAAAUCCUGCAUUCCAAUUAUUCUUUAUGUCUUUGACAUUACGACUGACAGUCUCUAUAGGAUACCUUUAUAAGUGACCUUUACACAUCGCGUGUCCACUAAGUAUCUAUAUCCUGUUUUGUCAAGAACUCGGACUAUACUCGUAACACACGCAGCUCCCACUAAUACUAGUUCUUACGUACAGAAUAACUCUAUGAAGCCAGUAAUUUAUAUUUUCCUCGUUUUCUUUACACCUACUAAGUAAUCUGUGUUUUAUACAGACUCCUUGCAAAUACACUGCAGCUAUUUGCAAUGGACAUUGUUUACUGAAAUGUUUAUUGAAUAAAUCCUCAGAAUCACCCGUCUUAACUGCAGUCUGCAAUUAUGGAUGGUCACCUAGGCUGGCUUAUUGCCUAGCAUUGCAAAGCGUUUGUUAACACUUAAUUAUCUGGUAUUAUUAGCGACGUAUAGUGACUAGUUUAUUCGAUUGAUACCCCAUUGCUGAUUUUUUCCAGCAUUCAAAAUUGUCAGUGCAUUUUUAUUCACUGUCACUAACGACAGUGACCAUUAUAGAAUGUUUGGCGUUUGGUUAUGAGGAUAAACCGUAAUGUAAUAGUGCCUGAUUUGUUUGUCGCAGACAUCGUUAAAACGCUAGCUUUAUUUUGACGGUAAUUGUAUGGUUUGUUGGCAGAGUCAAUAACUUAAUUAUUGUACAGAAAGUGCCCCCAAAACACUGUUAUUCCUUAUGAAAGGAAACAUUACAAGUACUCGCUAAUUUGAUGCCGCCACUAAACAAGUGUUUAGAAAACAUCGAUUGGUAUUGCAAUAAUGUGCUAAAUAAGCUUGGCACAGUGUGCACAUUGUGUCGUCUGCUUAGGAAUGCACUUAUGCAGGGCAUUCGGCAAAUAUGUUGCGUCACCGCGGGUGGUUCGCGCCCAUUCUAGAGGUCGUGACUCAUCUUCAUACGUUUCUCGCUAUAUUUUAUUUCUACUUAUCCUCCAAUAAUUCUACUUGUACAUACAAGUCUAUAAGAUAUACCUAACUUUAUCAGAAUUCUAUCCACUAUUGGUUUUUUCCUUAACCUAAUACCGAUACCCUUCUGUAUUCAUUUCUUAUCUAUCAAACAUUAAAAGUGCUUUAUGUAUUUUUUAAUAAAAUAAGCUACAUAGUUCUUUGUCAAAUUCUAAAGAUUCGUUUUAAUUAUUUUAAACUGACUUAAUGAAGUAAUUUUUUAUAAUCUCAAGUCUGUAUUAUAACAUUCAUACAGACAGAUGACAAAAUAAUUACACAAACUUAAUUAAGUCAAAAUUACAGCGUGUCUCAAUCAGGUUACUAAAUAAUAGCAAGAGUUCAGACACUUGUUGGACGGAACAUGCUAGUCACGAUGUUAAUGGUGAUCUGUUCAGGUCAUUGACAUGAACAUAUGCAUAGAUUUGGAAAUUACGCCUGAAAUUAUAGCUUGGCAGAAUUCGCAUUAAACUCGUCGUCAUUGGGUUCAAGCUAUAGACGUGUUUCCAUAAUUAGGUACUUAAAAACAUAAAAAAAAAAUGGUAUAAAAUAUAUAUACCUACAUGGUUUUUGAUUCAAAUAGUAUACGUGUCAUUUUAUUUGUAAUUUGUACUUAGAAUGACUCACAGAGUUUUGUUAUGUCAACUCCCACGCAGGUUCGCAUUACGCAUGCGCCGACGGUGAACGCUCGUUCUUGGAAUCGAACCUUGCUUGGAUUGGCCCGUGGCCGUCAACUGUCUAACGACUUUUCGUUUUCAAAAGCUUAGUUGAUAUCUCCAUAAUGUUAUGGCUUGUCAUAGUCUUAUCGCAUUGUUUUUUGUGAUUUUAGAAAUAAAAUACCUACAUGAUUAUAAAAUCUUCUAACUGUAAUUCCAAAAUUGGUAUGCAUUAGCCAGUUCCGAGGCAAUGAACUCCAGAUUUGUAAUAAUAAUUUUAUACAUAAUUUAAAACAGACAAACAUUCAUACGAUCUUAUAUUAUUACAACGUAGGGUAAAUUGGUUUCACAUAUUCGAUAAGGGGGCUAUACUUAUUAUUAUUUGUCUAAUGUCUGUAUGAACAUUAUUAGGACUCGAAAAAGGUUUAGUUAUGAUAUAAGUUAAGUACUAAAUGGCAUGUUGAAAUUAAUGUAUUUCAUGGCUACAUUCAUAGAUGGUCUUCUAGUAUGCUUAACAUCUAGUAGGCUUAAUAUUUCAUUAUGGUCACAAAGAUGAGAGCAACGUUGAUUUUUAUUUUUAUAGUUAUUGUUGCUUGUCAUAGUGUAAGUGUGGACUAUUACAUAGGAAAUAAACAAAGUCACGAAGAUUAUAAGAGCCAUGUUAUUUACAAAAAUAAUAACUCAAAUUUAUUACAAACGUCAAAAAUUGGAGAUGGUAAUAAAGAACCUAACAUUUCUAUAGAGAACACUAACACUACACCGGAAAUUGAAGAUAGUAAACAAGAUUAUGAAGAAUAUGAUGAACUCACCGACAUAGAAGAGCAAAUGUCACAAAAAACUCUUAAAAUAAAAAUUUCAACAGACCAAAAUGUUUUGGACUCCGAUCCAGAACAGAUCGAAAUCGGUCACGAUCCUGCUGUAUUGCGACUAGGAAAUGACCCCGAACCAGGGCUUGACACUAAAAUAAAUAAGACUAUGAACGACAUUUUUGAAGAAUAUGGACAACAAAGUGAUAGUGAAGAAUCGGGAACAGCUCAUCCAGUAUUACGUGAUCAAGAUAAAACUACUGAAAAUCAGUUAAAUACGGAGUCGGAUGCUAUUUUAAUAAAAAACGCCACUGAAGAAGAGAGUGAUACAGAAAAACUUCCAAUAGACUUUUAUAACUUAAUACCAGCGUCAAGUGUAUUAAAUGACACAGAUUCAAAAUUUCGCACUUUCAAUAUUCACGAAAACGUUUGGUACGUCCCUGAAAAUUGUCCCUGUUGGGAACUACCUAUAUUGUACGCUGAAAGUGGGCAAAUUAUGUCAAAUACAGAUGUUUUUCUUAUGUAUCAAGGGAUUCUAAAGAACGUUGAAGAAAAGUUAGAAAAGAGUAAAACGCCAUCUAAACCACUUUAUGUACCUGUGUCUCAAAAUAUGAAUAAGUGGUGUGCUGUGGGUCCUUGUUACGGCGAUCACACGCUCUGUCUCUUUCCGGAAAGAAUUAAUUCCAAGUUAUGCAGAAAUGGUUAUGUAGUUUCUACUCCUACAAUGAUUGAGCAGAUAGGUUUAGUAAAUACUGUAAAUUCAAUGAGAAAUCGUGUCGCUAAUGGAGAAACAGGACAAUAUAAACAUUUGCCGAAAGCAGCUGACAUGAAUCAGAUAAUAUAUGACCUCGAUUUAGAAAGUAUGGCUGUAAAUUGGCUUCAUCAGUGCUUGCCAGGUCCUGCUGCAUGCUCUGCUCUCGAUGAAAACUACGUUACGCAGCUGGAAUGCACUAAACAUGCAAGGCACUGCUGUAUUGACUCAUUUAAAUCCGAAAUGGCAUCAAAGUGCAUACCUCAAUACGAAUGUUACGUGGACGCUAUUAUUGGAUGCAUUCAUUUAUGGUUCUCAAAAGCUGGUAGCGCUCUUACAACGACAGAUGUGCAAUGCGGCCAUAUAACACCAGCUACUUAUCAUACAGCUCAGUUGCUGUGGGCAGAAACCAAUAAAAUAGGCUGUGCCUAUGGGAAAAAAAUAGAUGGUGAUGUACGAGUCGUGUGUAAUUUUGCUCCUGGUGCACCAUAUUUUAUUGACACGAAAUAUUACUGUGGUUUCAUUUCUCAUCCUAGGGUUAAGGAAGAUUUUGCGAAAGAAGGCAUAAAUUUAACUUCUCCAAAUUUUUUGGCAGCGCUCGGUAUAUCGUUAAAUCCAGUGGUCAAGUGUGACUAUAAGAGACAGGAAUUCACUAGUCACCAAACUAAUUACUCAUUGAGGUUUUCUAAUAUUGAUAUCCUUGGUAAGAUUUAUAAGAGGAAAUGGAUUCGUUCGAAAUAUAACGAAACCGUGAACGACACUAUUGGUUUAGUUGCUCGACUGGUGACGAAGUACUCGUUUGUUGGAGAUGAUAGCUCGCAAUGUGACUCAGGUGUAGCUAUCUAUGAGAGCGGGGAGCCUGGCUCGAAGUGCGUCGAGCGAGGCAGGCGCUUCCACGCUUUGUGUUAUGAUUUCCGCGAUCCUACUCCCGGAUACAGGCUAGUGGCUGUCGUGGCUCCAAUUGCAUUAUUUUCUCUUAUUCUUUAUGACUUAUUUAGUGGUGUAGUGCGUCAGACCAACUAUUAACAUGAUAUCAUCGCGAAACCCACUGUUUUGUCUAAUUUAUAGAGUCCAAAAUUUAUCUCAAAAGAUAACAUUUAUUUUAGACUUUGUUAUUAUUAUUACCGAAUUCAGAGUGAGAAUGUGCACAAUUAUAUACCUACUAAGUUAUAUUGUAGUAGUUUUUAUUUAGAUAAUAAUAUCAUGUUAUUAAUAAAUCGUUAUAAAUUCAUGUCGUGUAGAAGUUAAUCCGUUUAAAUGUAAAUUAAACUGUUUCUCUCGAUGACUCAUUGAACUUUAUAAUAAAACCUUUGCUGUACAAUAUUAUACAUAGGUUUUUGUUGGAAGGAGUACCUACUGAUAUUUUACUUAUUUUGUGUGUGAAUUGUUAUUGUUUUUAAUCCAGAAAUUGGGAAUUUUCAAUUUUAAAAAUGUUUUGUUUUAUUGUCUGAUUAUGUUGCAGUUACGGCUUAUUCAUUUGAUUAAUCAAUAAUUGUAACUAAUAACCACUACCUAUCAGAACAUACAUACAACAUUGCAUAGAUUCAAUGACGCGCGGUCGAUCAUGCCAAGCAGUCUGAUGCGUUUAUCUUUACGUACACCAAUUGAACUGCAGUUCAAGGCGAACCGAUUGUCGAUAUUAAUGCCCUUAUUUAGUAAUAUUUAGAACCAGUGUCACCUCUAAUGCGAAA